CAAGCACCAACAAAAAACCCGCGUUUCUGGGCGCGUGUAGCUUGCCCUGGUGGCAAUUCUCCCUAUCUGACGCCGUCCACCAACAGCAAGCUCAACCAACCAAGCAAGGCAACACAGGGGGCAAGCAAGGCGGAGUCAGCGAGGUUGGCGGGAAAUCGCAAGCACUCUCACAAACACAAGCAAGCACACAAACGCAUCAGAAGCAGGGAAGCAAGCAGAGACCAAUAAGACCCCCACCACGCGUUCACCCUUCGAAGAAGCAAAGCACAAGAAGAAGACAAGGCCAAGAACACGGCCUGUUUGUUCCAUCUUCUGUGCUGGUGUUUGUUUGUUGUGCGGUCGUCACGCCAUUCGUUGCUGUUGUCGCUUUCAGCUAGCUCCAUUGUUGUUGCUGCUACUGCGGUCGAACGAAAUCACGUGUCAAGUCAUCCGGCCGCUCCCUGCAAGCAGCAAACAGCCACGCCUUGUGCUCGCACUGUGUUGAGCCCGUGCUCUUGCCUGUCUCACACACAAGUGGCGUUGCAACCGACGGUAGAGCCCAAGUUCAACAGGUUCAGCAGACCUCUCUUACUUGUGCAUGUGCAGCAAAGUGUGCCAAAGCAAAACCCACCAACCAAGCAAGAGAGCCACACGAUAAGCACGACGAAAAGCCACCGUGCGCACACCGGCGGCACCCCACCUCCGAACAACAACAACAACAGCGUGUCGACAGUCAGCGCCACCAUCACUGAUCACAGCAAUCACGGCACCAACCACAACGAUUGCCGUCACAACCGCCUCCGAACACCGCUGACCAACCACAACGACACAACCACCACCACUGAUCACAGCACCAACCACAGACCGCAACUCACCAUGGCCGCGCCAAGAACGCCGACCAUGACGUCCCUGAUGACGUGGUUCAAGGACAACAAAGACAUCAGUGCAACCACCGACACCGAGAACGCCGCACGAUCCAAGGAGCUGCUCGAGCUGUUGAACAAAUGCAGAGAAGUUGCGGAACGAUCGCUUGCACUCAAGAUGCUUGCGCACCUGUCGAAAGGCCCUGGCCAGCCCAUCGUCUCCAAGUGCUUGCAUGCUGGGGCAUGGCAAACGCUGUUCGAUUGGCUGACCCGAGCGAGACAAACAAACCAAACUGCCGUCCUCACCGCGCUUAUGGAAACGCUACAGGUUCUUCCCGUGACACUGGAUCUCCUCACACAGAACGAGCUCGCCCGCACCGUCAAGCAGUGCCGCAAAAUACCCGAGGUGAGCGCGAAAGCGAAAGCGUUGGUGACCAAGUGGAAGACCAUUGUCACGCAAACCGGUGCCAAGUCCGCUGCCAAGCCUUCUCCCACCACGAGCACAGCACAGCAGCCGCAAUCGGCACGCCCAUCGACAGGAGUGGCGGCGGGCGCUGCUGCGGCCACCGCUGCCAAGACUGCCGUGAAGACUGCGACGGCGAAACGAAGACCCUCGCACGACGCAGAGCCGCAGGCAAAGGUGGCGCGCGUGAAGACAGAGGGAACAGCACAGCACUUGUCGGAGGCACAGAUGCGCGCCAGCGGGAAAUUUAUUCUCAAGGAAGAGCCCGGCCCAUCGCGUGCCAAAACCGCAUCGGGGACCGAUGCAACAGUCCCCGUCGCUUCCCGCAGCUUUGGAAAGGCUCAAGCCCUCGACCGCCCGGCCAGCACCAAGAGCGCCAACACGCCCCACCAGUGCAGCAACAGACAAGUCGCCCCCAGUCGCAACAGCGGCAUCAACCACGCCUUCCUCGGCAGCGACACGGACUGCAGCACCGCCCAAACCCACUGGGCCAGCACCUCCGACGCGGAAAGUCAUGGCUCCCCGCGUUCCCCUGCUUGGGCGACAACGACCAGGUGA